ACUGUGAUGGAAAAUCGAGCUGUUUAUGUGUUUUUGUUCUUUUUGAACACAUUUUCCUCUAUGCUGUUGUUUUCAUUUUGAAUUUUCUGCUUCUACACAUUGUGAUUCACAGUUUCCUCUUUUUGCCAAACACGUAAACGCACUCGCUCACUUCCUCACAUUAAUGUCUAAUCUGAAGUUGACAAGCUAGGAUGAACUUUUGGUGGAAUAUGAAGAAUUGCACACUUUGUACAAAAAUGGUCUUGUGUCUAGCCAUAUAUACAGCUCUGUGUCACAACAGUGAAAAAACGAGCAUUACAAUCUAUUCAGAGUACAACAACACAGCCAUCUUGCCCUGUAUUGCACUGUCUUACAGUAAAGAUUACACGUCCAUCACCUGGUACAAGCAGUUACCAAAAGAAGAGGGCAUUAUAAGAAAUUCAAAGAGGCGAAACAUAACACAGCUAUAUAAGAAUUAUGAGAAUCGUACAGAUGUGAUCCUUACAGAAGAAGGUUCUCUUGUUCUGGUGAAGGUUGACUUUUCACAAGCAGGCCGAUACAAGUGUUACCUCGCUGGAAAAGUUGGAUACAGAAACAAUGAUUCAUAUGUCACGCUGAAUGUGACAGAGAGUGUUACUGAAACAACACCAGCCCUAAAUAUCACGACUGAAUAUUUCCUUCAUUCCACAAAAAUGAACUCAUCUAUGCUGGCUUUGCCGGUGGACGUGACCCCCAUGUCCGUCCUGGCUGGGUUCUUCAGUCUAAGUCUGAGCAAAGUUCUACUCUGUUAUGCAUGUGUGUGGGGCAUGGCAAAGUAUAAGAAACACCAAAGAAGAAAAUUAUGGAGCUAACCAAGCAAGAGAAAAGAAUUCCUAACCUGGUGAUAAUACAACACCUACAUUUUGACAGCAAAUAGAUUAUGGAUCAAAAAAGGGUCUAGUGACAAAGAGGAACCAGAGCCAAGCUUAAACGAACCAAUAUCAGUUUGUCAGUUCAGGCUAAAUAUACAGUAUAAUAGACAUGCACUAUCAUCUGAAGAAAUGAGAAGGGACUAUCAUAAAGCCUAUUGCUCAUCAUCAUAAAAUGUGUAUGUCUGUAAUGUUGUACAGUAUUACAGUAACACUUAAGGAUAUUAUAGUCUAUGGUGCACAGCACAUAAGCUUUAAUAUUCUUAUAUAUAUAUAUAUAUAUAUAUAUAUAUAUAUAUAUAUAUAUAUAUAUAUAUAUAUAUAUAUAUAUAUAUAUAUAUAUAUACACACAAUAUGUAAAAUGUAGAGAUAUUAUAAACUAUGAUACAGGUAUGCCAAAAUAUCCUUAUAUCCCUAUGUAAUGAUAAUAUUUGUAUAGCUAAAAAAUUUGUAUGUGAUUGAUAUUUAUUUAGUGAAAAUGCAUAUAUUUUUAGAUCUAGAUGUGCAGUUACUUUUUUGCAUAAUAAAAAACUUUGUAUUAUCCUAAGAAAAGUUUAAUAAAUCAUCUGAUUUGUAAUAAAAAAGGACAAGCACUCUGUGUAAAUGUAUAAAAAAAAUGCACUUGCUGUAUUUACAAGCCUUCAGGUUCAGUGGCAUCGAAUAAGUUUUAUUAAUGUACGGUAGCUAGUAAAAAGAGUUAUGGUAGUGCUUAGGGUUAAGUUUGUUUGUUUUUAAGUUUUAAGCUCGCAGUCAAAUUCCAGUACAUAAGAAUAAAUUUCAGUAUAAAAUAGCUGGGUUGGUGUUGACUGAUAUCACACUACAAGGUGCCAGACAGUACACAGAAUACAGAAGACACACAACACCCCCCACUGGUUAGUCACAAUAAUGGUUAUAUUACCCGAAAUUGACAAAGGAAAUAUAUACUUAUAAUGGUGAAAAUGAUUAGUUCCAAACUGUGGCUUUAUCCAAUCCACCAAGGCUGUGCUCUGAGUGAGUCACCAAAAUAUUACAUCUCAGCAUGACGCAUCUCUUAAAAGUGAGUUUCAGUUCAGAUGCUGUUCAUUCUUUCAACCAUGUAGAGUGUUCUAAAAUAUACAAGAAUCGUUCUCAUUCUCACGUCACCCAGUGCAUCUCACAUCACAGUGCAUCACACUACAUUUGUUUUCUUCCCAUAGUGCAUCAUGAUACAAUCUCUUCCUCAGGAAUGUGAUGCACAUGGGAAUACAAGAAAACAGGGUUAUAAAAAAAAACAGACAAGACCAUUUUCUUCCAUGCUCUAGUUUUCAUCCCAAUUGUAGGCUGCUUUUGGUGGUAGACAGGAGUCAGCAUGGACACUACAUUGUGUGUUUUCUAUCAUUGCCAGCAUGAACUAUUAGUAGUUCUAUUUCAGUAGUUCUUCUGUGGGGAUCAGAUCAGACAAGCAAACUCACAACGGCAUUCAAUAAGCCUGCUAACGUUUCUCCGGUUGCCCAUUCCUGGGCAUAUGGAAUAAAUAAUUUCCUUCCUCUUGAAGGCAUGAUGUGAAAUUUCUUGUGUGGGCCAUAUUUUUAUUCAUUUUUACUUAAUAAAAAAAUAAAUAAAUACAUGCUGCCUGCAUUUUUAUAAUCUGUGUAAAUGAGAGAAUUUAUGAUGAGAGCCAAACAAACGUAUGUUUUAACGAUUAAAUGUCAUUCAUGUAAUAAAUACAUAGUUUAUUUUGGUUUAAACUAAACGUUUAACAAUUCUGAAAUCAAUUUCAUCAAUACAGACUUAAAAAGAUAUUGUAGUAAAGACAUUUAUAGUAUAGGAAAUUAUAUUAAAUUUGCAAAUCUGAUUUAUGUCAUUUCUAUAAGAGCAGUUCUAACGCUUUUGCUGGCAAAUUAUUCAAAUGUCAAAUGAUAAACUGGUUUAUAGUAAUGUGCUCAUUUUAAUGUGCUUUUGUCUCUAUAGUAACAGCUUACUCAUAGGGACUUGUAAGGCAGAUGCUCCACAUAGAUGAAUACACAGAUUUAAAAAAACAAACAAAAAACAAGUUAUUUUACAAAGACGUAUAAUCAUCCACAUGGUAUUGCUUUCUGUAAGGAGCUGUUUACAUGAAGGAGAUUUUUAGUCAUGUCUCCGGAUUGAGUGCUUCAUAAUGAUCUGGACAGAGAAAUAUUUAUUAGAUCUUAUUAUUUCAGGUACAGGCUAGUGAGAGAGUGAGUGUAUACAGCUGCUAAAAAGUGACAGUAGAAAAUAACUGAAUUCAUCAAUAUUCAAUAUUAAAAUCAAUAAUAAUCUAUGGAUAGAUAAAAGCAUGAAAUAUCAUUGAGCGUUUGCAUUCAACAGCACACACUGUCACAUUUUAUUCCAUAAGGUUAAAAACGGAUAUUUUCUCAUCUGUCAACUUAUUUAAAAAGUCAUUACAGAGAAAAGCAGACUCAGUCUCUUCCUCGUAUACUUCCUAUGCUUUCAAAAACAAGUAGCAAAGAAAUGAUGAAUUGACCAUCCACACAGUUCAUUAACCAGAACGAGCUGAAUAGGUCCCCCUGAGUCAUAUGUCACGAACAGACCACACAGAGCUGGUUUGGCCUAUUAAUUAUUUCAAAUCUAUUCCAGUGACAUAGAUCAGCCACAUAAUUUAGAUUCAAAACAACAUCCGUUGAGCCAGUGAUGAAUUUAUGUUAUUUUUAAUGAAAGGUGAUUGGAGGUAAUAUGGAGGGUUCAGGUCAUUCAGUAUGAAAGGCUAACAGCAUCAGCGCCGUGCUCAUGUUAACAGAUAGACUCUAUUUUUGUGCUUAUAGAGAACAGACUGUUCUUUGGCUUUUAGGGAGAUUGUGAGUACUGAAACAUCUGAACACAGAGUAGCUGUCAUACAAAUGUACAAGCUUUAUUUCCAUAUUACACACUUGAAACAUUACAACACAAAUAAAUACAUCACAUCAACAAAUAAUUUGUUAAAAAUCAAAUAAAUAAAAAUAAACCAUACACAACUUGUUAAAAUGUGUAGACUCCCCAAAAGCUUUGUAUUUAUGAAAUCACAUUUAUUACACUGAUAAAUUAUUGUGUUUUUUAUUUGUCGAUUGUCUCCAGGAGGUUAAAAACAUAUGCAAAUCGAGUCAUUAAAAUUUUCUCUACUUUUUGUUAAUCAAAGUGAGUGCAAACGUCACAUUCAUAACAUUGGACUUGCCCUUUAAUAACACUAGAAGAUUUUUACAAGGUCAGUGACAUGUGAAUUGAGAAUAAUGGGGUGUGUGACCUUGUGGACAAAUUAACUGGAAGUGUAGUCUGUACAGCUGAAAGACAUCCUGAACACAGUGCAACAGAAAAGCAGGCAUGCUUUUUAACCCCAAACACACACAUACACAAACACACACACACACACACACACACACACACACACACACACACACACACACACACACACACACACACACACACACACACAGGAAGCAGCUAUUAUUUCGAAGCAUAACACUGAUUUUAAAUAUAGAACUAUU